AUGUGGCUCAACACCACUGCUUCCCACUUCCUGCUUACUGGCUUCCCAGGCAUGGAGAAGGCACAUCUCUGGAUCUCCAUCCCAUUACUGGUGGCCUAUAUCUGCAUACUGCUUGGCAAUGGUACUCUUCUCUUUGUCAUUAGGGAUGACCAUAACCUCCAUGAGCCCAUGUACUAUUUCUUAGCUAUGUUGGCUACUACAGACCUUGGAGUAACAUUAACUACAAUGCCCACUGUGUUGGGUGUUCUAUGGUUCAGCCACAGGGAGAUUGGCCGUGGAGUCUGUUUCUCUCAGGCUUACUUUAUCCAUACUCUUUCAAUUGUGGAGUCAGGUGUCUUACUUGCCAUGGCCUAUGAUCGUUUUGUUGCCAUCCGCAACCCCUUACGAUAUACCUCCAUCCUUACCAACACCCAAGUAAUAAAGAUUUGGGUAGGGGUAUUGACAAGGGCUGGCCUGUCAAUUAUGCCAAUAAUCAUUCGCUUGCACUGGUUUCCCUAUUGUCGAUCCCAUGUACUCUCCCAUGCUUUCUGUCUACAUCAAGAUGUCAUCAAGCUAGCCUGUGCUGACAUCUCCUUCAACCGUCUCUAUCCAGUCGUGGUUGUAUUUGCAAUGGUACUAUUAGACUUUCUCAUAAUCUUUUUUUCCUACAUUUUGAUUCUCAAGACUGUCAUGGGCAUUGCUUCUGGAGAAGAAAAGGCAAAGGCCCUCAACACAUGUGUCUCCCAUAUCUGCUGCAUCCUAGUCUUCUAUGUCACUGUAGUUGGCUUGACGUUCAUUCAUAGGUUUGGAAAGCAUGCUCCUCAUGUGGUCCACAUCACAAUGAGCUAUGUCUACUUCCUUUUCCCUCCUUUUAUGAACCCUGUCAUCUAUAGCAUUAAAACCCAACAGAUCCAGAAUGGCAUAAUCCGCUUACUCUCACUGCCUUGUUCUAAAGCAUGA